AUGUCUGCAACAGGAGAUUUCGGCAACCCGCUCCGCAAAUUCAAGCUGGUGUUUCUGGGAGAACAGAGCGUGGGAAAGACAUCAUUGAUUACCAGAUUUAUGUAUGACAGUUUCGACAAUACCUACCAGGCCACAAUAGGAAUCGAUUUCUUGUCAAAAACAAUGUAUCUUGAGGACAGAACAAUCAGGCUGCAGCUUUGGGACACAGCAGGACAGGAGCGUUUCCGUAGUCUCAUUCCCAGUUACAUCAGAGACUCUGCUGCUGCUGUU